AUGGCCGAAGGAGACGAGGUGCAAAUCCCUACAGCUGCCCCUGCUGCCAUCAUGGACGUGCAAUCAGCGCUCAAAGCGGCUCUACGAUCGGCUAACUAUGCCGAUGGUCUCGCCAGAGGACUUCACGAGUGUGCUAAGGCACUUGACAAGCGUGAGGCCUACUUUGCCGUUCUUGCCGAGAACUGCGACGAGCCGAUGUAUGUCAAACUCGUUGAAGCAUUGUGCAAAGAACAUCAAAUUCCGCUCAUGAAGGUUGCCGACAAGAAGAUUCUUGGUGAAUGGGUUGGACAGUGCAAAUACGACAAAGAGGGGAAAGCUCGCAAGGUCGUCGGUUGCUCAGCUGCUGUGGUUCGAGACUAUGGAACAGACGAACAAGCUAAAGUUGUUCUUCAGCACUAUUUUGAUUCGAAGAAGGUU